AUGACGAAGACCCCUCAGAAGGACAGUGAAGACACUUUGUCUUCAUCCGGCUCAGCUGCAUUCGCUGCCUCUUCGCUGUUCAACCACUGGGGCCACGACCUGGGCCCUGAGAGUCGACGGGUCGCCCUUAGGAAGUUUCGUUACUAUGGCUACAACAGCUACCUCAGUGACCGCAUCUCCCUUACCCGGCCGAUCCCAGAUUUACGACCAGAUGGGUGCAGAAACAUGUCGUAUUCAUCAGACCUUCCUCAGCUCAGUGUCAUCUUUAUCUUUGUCAACGAGGCCUUGUCAGUGUUGCUGCGCUCUGUACACACAGCCAUUCAGAGGACUCCAUCCCACCUGCUCAAAGAGAUUAUACUGGUGGAUGAUCACAGCAACAGUUUGGAGCUGAAAGAGCACCUGCAGAGAUUUGUGGAGGAGACCAAUGCUCAGCAAGGUCCGGGAUUCAUCAAGGUGGUCCACCAUGACAAGCAGGAAGGACUGAUAAGGUCCAGAGUCAGCGGCUGGAGGGCUGCCUCUGCUCCUGUGGUGGCUCUGUUCGACGCACAUGUGGAGUUCAACACUGGAUGGUGAGCAGUCAGAUUCAAUUCAUUCAGCAGUAUAUGCAAUAAGGCUGUAAUAAUACCUCCAACAGACUGUUACAGGCCCAAGAUAGCAGUGAGUGGGUCUGAAACAUAUUUACAUAUUCCAGAAGUCUUGUGAGGUCACCUGGUUCACAUAGUAGCAGCUGAGCUUUCAGACUAUUUGAUGUUAUACUGAGAUGAUCUGACUGAAGGAUAUAUUUGGUGAUAUUCUAGGUAAUGUGUUACAGGUACAGUAUGUGAUUCUUCUAGUCAGUAUGUCUCAUUAAAAAAACUAAAAUGAACAUUGAUUGUAUCCUGCUAACAAGUACUGUGUGUAUAUCUACAGGCUGACUUAUCUUAUUCCUCAGUGCCAUAAACUAUUGAAAACACAUCAAUAAGCCACACCACACUGAAUUCAUUUAUUCUCAACAGCCAGUCUGAGAGGUUGCUGAUUAAAUCUGAAAAGAGGCAUC